UCUCGUCUCAUUAAAAGACAGCUCAGCCCCUCCACCUUGUUCCCUCAUGACGCUGACUCUGUCAAGCUGCUGCACUUCAGAUCAGCAUUCAGAACCUCAUACAGCAUAUUACGCACAGAGUCUGCUGUCUCUCCCAGCAAUGACAUCUGGCCAGAGCUGCAUCCCAAAGCUGACAAGAAGAUGGAACGCAAAGCUUUUCCUUUUUACCCUUGUUCUCAUCUGCAUCUUUGUGAGCUUGCCAAGGGUUUCUCAUAGUGGCAGCUACAGGCCAAAAACCAUCACCAUCCUGCUGUGGUACUGGCCUUUCCUUACUCCAUACAGCCUAGCAGGGGACGUGUGUCUGAAGAGUUAUGGCAUCUCUGGCUGUCGACUGGUGGAUAAUCGCUCACUCUAUUCCACUGCUGACAUUGUGGUCUUCCAUCACCAUGAGCUGAAGAGUAAAAGGCAGAAACUGCCCCUUCAUCUCCCUCGCUCAGGCAGUCAGAGGUGGCUCUGGCUGUCUCUGGAAGCCCCACCAAAUAAUGGUAAUUUGAGGGAGUACGCAGGUAUCUUUCACUUGACAAUGUCAUAUGGACCCAAUGCGGACAUCACAGUGCCGUAUGGGAAACUUAUGCCCAAGGAGAAAAGUGGUGCAGCUGGGCCUGGUGACUUUAUCAUGACAAGAAAUAAGACUGACCUGGUCUGCUGGGUGGUCAGUAACUACAAUAAACUUCACAAAAGAAGCAGAGUGUAUCAGCAGCUGAAAAACACCAUCCCUGUGCAUGUGUAUGGCCGUGCUGUAAAACAGCAGGUGCCCCAGACUGAGCUGCUGAACUUAAUUUCCCGCUGCUAUUUUUAUCUGGCCUUCGAAAAUGCAGAGUCUCCACACUAUAUCACAGAGAAGCUGUGGCGAAAUGCCUUCCAGGCUGGGACAGUGCCCGUGGUUUUGGGUCCUCCACGUAGGGACUAUGAAGCUGUAGCACCACCGAAUUCUUUUAUCCACGUGGAUGACUUUGACUCCAUAGACGCACUUGGCAAAUUCCUAAAAAAACUAUCUACAGACACAGAACGCUAUAAAUCAUACUUUGCCUGGCAUCAGGACAGCACUGUUAAACUUUAUACGGACUGGAGAGAGAGGCUUUGCAAUAUCUGCCCAAUUUAUGAGAGACUGCCAUACAAGACAUACCAGGACUUGAGUGCAUGGGCAAGAUGAAGCUUUACAUGUACUGUAUUUAAAGAACAUUACGUGUAGCUCUCUCAAACAUUUUGCACAUUCAACACCUUUGCACAAUAGAAAAUAAUAAAAUAAAAAGUAGUGAUACACAAGGGUGUAACAAAGUAGUCUCAGCUUUGAUACACCUGUUUUUUUUCCUGCUAUAGUCCCACAUUAUCUGGUGUGAUUGCCGUUUGUCUGCACAUGCAAAACUUUUUGGGAAAAAAAAUCCUUCAUUUAUUUUAUCAAACAAACAGUAAAACCAAAAGCGUCACAUUCUUUUCAUUUGUGUGGUGCCCUCUUUGAAAAUAAGUCGCACAACUUCCCAUGUUUCACCUGAUUUACUGUUUACUGCAACUGUCAUAUUGUCAUGUACGCACACUUGUGGAUGUAUAGCUUAAGUACUGCAUUUAAAGCAGGUUAAAAGAUCGGCAAUACCACCACUUUUGGUAUCUUCUCUCAUACCAAGUAAUAAUGAUGAUACCCUGACACCAAUACAUUUGCUAUUAAAAUGUGAAUUCUGUGAAAACCA